GUUUAUUUCUUUUUUCAACAUGUUCAUUAUGAAAUUGACUUUGUUACUUCUGACAGUGCUGUACGUUGUAUAUGCUAAAACAAUUGAUCAACCAACUCAUAUUAUCAAGCUAAAAUCAAUGAUGAAUGCAACCACAGCCUAUACAUUGUCUCGGAAAAAGCAAGACGAUCCAUCUUUGUAUCGUCGAUCAUUUUCAGUACCUGAUGCUAUUGAUUUGUUUGCGCUUGACGAUAACUUUACAGUGAUGUCUGGCAUAUUUUCUGACAAUGCUUUCAUUGAUUAUCUGCAUGAUCAGUACGCUGUAGAGUAUGUCGAACCAAACCAUAUCUACAAGGCACAAGUACAGUACGCCAACCUAAGAACAGAAGUAGCAUCUAGCUGGGGACUCGCUCGUAUCAAUACACGAUAUGAAAGAAAUAACUUGAGUCAUUAUACAUUUGAUGAAUUCGCUGGUGAAGGUGUACAUGUCUAUGUGCUUGAUACUGGUGUCAAUAUUGCCCAUGUAGAUUUUGGUGAUAGGGCCACCAAUGAAGCCAAUUUUGUAGAAGAAGAAGGUCCCACUGAUUUAGGAGGCCAUGGUACACAUGUUGCAGGUAAAAUUGCAGGCAGUCUUUAUGGUAUUGCUAAAAAGGCGAAUGUGCAUUCCGUCAAAAUCCUCAACCGAUUAGGUGAUGGAGCUCUCAGUAAUAUUAUUAAGGGUAUUUCUCAUGUGAUUACAGUCGCUGAACCAGGCAAAAGUAUUAUCAAUCUCUCGCUAAGUGGGCCCAAAUCUCAAUUGAUUGAUGACAUCUUGACAAAAGUGGUUGUGGAUCAUCAUAUUCCAGUCUUUGUGGCUGCUGGUAAUUCUGCCUCAGAUGCUUGUCUGUUUUCUCCUUCUUCCAACCCGCAUGUGUUCUCAGUCGGUGCUUCCGAUUUAAAUGAUGAUGUGCCAGCAUAUUCUAAUGUAGGUGGUUGUGUUCAACUGUAUGCACCUGGAUCAGAAAUUGAAAGUACUUGGAUCAAUGGGCCAAAUCAGUCCAAGAUACUAGAUGGAACAAGUAUGGCCAAUCCUCAUGUUUCGGGUAUUGCUGCUGCUCUUCUCUCCAAAAGAACAUAUGCCAAUGUACAAGAAUUAUACCAAGCCAUUGCUUUAACUGCUACCGUGAACACACUCUCAUUUAAAUGGUCAGCACCUGUAGUAUCAAACAAUAACCUUCUAGCUUUUAUAAAUAGUUAUGAUUUACAAGAAUAGUCUCAAAUUAAAUAAUAAAAAAAAAUUAUGAG